AUGGGGCUCAUUUCUACCGUCAUUGUUCUUAUUCUCUUAAUUUCUGCACCACAAACGUUAACUGAAGAAGAGGAGUGUGGGGUCGAAUCCCCGAACCCAUGCAUCAACAAGGCCAAAGCACUAGGCCUAAAAAUCAUCGCCAUUAUCAGCAUAUUGGUGGCGAGCAUGAUAGGGGUUUGCCUGCCGCUGGUGACCAGUUCGAUCUCCGUCCUGGACCCUAGCGGCGACGUGUUCUACGUGGUUAAGGCGUUCUCUUCCGGCAUCAUCCUCGCCACCGGAUUCAUGCACGUCCUGCCGGACUCUUAUGACAUGCUCCAAUCCACUUGCCUGGACGAUAACCCGUUGCACGAGUUUCCGUUCGGCGGCUUCGUGGCCAUGGUGUCGGCCAUUGUGACGAUGGCGAUUAACUCCAUGGCGACCAGCUUGUACACCAAGAACACCCGCACCGGCACCGGCGUCAUUCCGCCGGAGGCCACCCACAACAUUGAGAUGGGAACGGUGAACAAUCGGAGUCAUGAUCAUCACUAUGGAUCCAUUAAAGAAGUAGAUGCAAAACUUACACGUUAUCGAGUGAUUGCCAUGGUGUUGGAGGUUGGAAUUAUAGUUCAUUCAGUGGUGAUUGGGCUCGCUAUGGGAGCUACAAGCAACACUUGCACCAUCAAAGGACUCAUAGCUGCCCUUUGUUUCCAUCAAAUGUUUGAAGGAAUGGGACUUGGUGGCAGUAUUCUACAGGACGCUCAUGUUGGGUGGAAAAACCAAAAAGGCCAACAGGGUGAUAUCUACAUGGCUUUGGUUGACCUUCUUGCUGCAGAUUUCAUGGCCCAAAAGUUGCAGAGAAGCAUCAAGUUACAGAUGUAUUGUUUGGUUGCAGUGUUUCUGGGUGCUGCCGGGAUGUCUAUUUUGGCCAAGUGGGCUUAA